AUGGUUGAUGUAUCCGUAGGCCAGGUCAUCAGCCUCCUGGAUGGCCGGCAAGCCACCGUGCGGUUCGUUGGGUCAACACACUUCGCUACCGGAGAUUGGAUUGGAGUCGAGCUUGACGAUGCGACAGGAAAGAACGAUGGAUCUGUCCAAGGCGAGCGCUAUUUCGACUGUGAACAUGGCUUUGGCAUGUUUAUCAGACCGUCCGCCGUUGCAUCCAUUCUGGCUGCUGCUCCUGCUCCUAAACGUGAAGGCAAAGUAGCACCGACCAAAGGAGCUCCCAUCAGCAAAGGGCCGACAUCUGGAGUAGUCUCUUUGAAGCGAUCAGGCAGUGCUGCCACAGCAGCCUCCAAACGACAAAGCGCUACAGCAAGUCCCUCACCCGCCCCGAGAGAAAUAGUAGGUCGGAAUUUAAGGUCGCCAACCAAGUCUCCUGUCAAGCAACUCGGUUCUACUUCCCGACCCUCCUCGACACUUUCGAGAACAGCCCCUACGGUAAAGCCUCGAGCGAGUAUCAGCGGACGGACGUCGAUGGGCCCGCCUGCCCCCGUAUCAGUCGCAGCGAAACCCCGACAGUCUUUGAUGGGUGGUCAGAACAAGUUGACACGACCCGGUGUUCCUUCAAGUACCUCGACAUCUACUUCUUCUUCCGCCAAGCGUCUUUCAGUGCGCCCAACAAUAACCAAGAAGGCCACGGAUGAAAGCUCAAGUCGAGCAAGUGCUGCAUCAGAGCCAUGCGCCGACACCGAGGAGAUAGAUCAGGAAGCCGAAAGUGAAGAUGUCUCUCCCACCAUGUCUAAGCCGGAGUCACAAGGCAUGGCUUCAGCCCGAGCUUCUACAACAUCACGUAGCGCACCUCAGAGCUCAGCUAUUGCCAGGGAACUGGAAGAUUUGAAAACAAAGCUCAAGGUUAUGGAGAAGAAGCGGGCCGAGGACAGGGAGAGACUCAAAAGUCUCGAAAGACUGCAGGCUGAGAGGGACAAGUAUGAAGGUAUCAUUCAGAAACUGCAGGCAAAAUAUCAGCCUCAGCAGAUCGAGUUGACGGAUUUGAAGAAGAAAAUCCGUGAAACCGAAGCAAAACUCGAACAAGCUGAAAGAAUUCAAGCCGAACAUGAGUCUAUCCUAGAGGUGGCUGCGUUGGAUCGCGAAAUGGCAGAGGAAACGGCCGAAGCGUUCAAAGCCGAGUGUCAGGAUUACAAAAUCAGAUUGGAGGAGUUACAGCUGGAACUUGAAGUUUUACGGGACGAAAACGAAGAACUGAGCAAUGUCAUGAGUCCAGAAGACAAGUCUAGUCAGGGCUGGCUACAGAUGGAGAAGACCAAUGAGCGACUCCGUGAGGCUCUAAUAAGGCUUCGCGAUAUGACACAGCAGACAGAAGCAGAGCUUCGUGAUCAGAUCAAGGAACUGCAAGACGACCUUGAGGAAUAUACGACCGUGAAAGCGGAGUAUGAAUCAAUCAAAGAGAAAUUGCUAGCUUCUGAGACCAAUGUGGACGAGCUCAAACAACAGCUAGAAACAGCGCUAGGUGCCGAGGAAAUGAUCGAGGAGCUAGCUGACAAAAAUAUGCGAUACCAAGAGGAGAUUAACGAACUCAAAGCGGCUAUUGAAGAUCUUGAAAGCUUGAAGGAAAUCAGCGACGAACUUGAGCUCAAUCAUGUUGAGACGGAGAAACAACUCCAGGAAGAAAUCGACUACCGGGAAUCAAUUUUCAACGAACAAUCCCGCAAGGUUGCUCAGCAAGAUGAGAUUAUUGAAGAUUUAGAGUAUACGUUGGCACGGUUCCGGGAGCUUGUUACAAACUUGCAGAGUGACCUUGAAGAUAUGCGUGCAUCACAGCAGUUGACUGAGACCGAGGCGAAUGAACUCUCGACACGGUCCAGGGCUAUGAUGGAUCUUAAUUUGAAACUGCAAGCCUCUGUUGAAAAGGCUCAGAGCAAGACAAUCGACAUUGAGAUGGGUCGCAUGGAGGCGGAAGAAUCUUCUGAGCAUCUUGCGAUUGUUCAAUUCUACUUGCCAGAGUAUUACAACACCGAAAAAGAUUCAGUGCGAGCAUUCUUGCGCGCGAAGAGGGUAGCGUCCAAGGCGUCCUUGAUUCAGAACACUGUUCGGGAACGCCUUGUUGAGCAGUCUCAAUCUCCGAGCCUACAUGAUAAUAUCUUUGCGUCAUACGAAGUUAUCGAAAAUGCACUGUGGAUAUCACGUGUAUGUGAAAGAUUUAUCAAGCAUGUCACUUCAUGCUCACCAGAGCAAUUUGGUCAAUUUGGGGUUGCCUUGUUCGAGUUGGAGCCAGUGGAGCGCACAGUCAACAACUGGAUCGAAUCCUUGAGAAAGAAUGAGAUUGAUGAGAAGAAGUGUGCUUUGGAGUUGCAAAGAUCGAUCGCUCUCUUGACUCAUCUUGCAGAAACCUUAAUCCCAACGGAGCUGGCAACGUACGCAGACGAAACCUUGACACGUGCUGUUAUGAUUCAGACCUACCUCGAACAUGUGGCUUCUGCAUUGUCCCAACUAAGAAAUCUCCUGCAGAGCAAAAUUUCUGCUUCCGAGGAAGAAGACGACGCAGAAAAAUUGUUCUUCUUCAAUAAGACCGAUGUUCUUAUUGGCCAGGCACGCGGCUUGAAAAUGGUCAUCACAAAAGUAAUUCGCUCUCUGGAGGAGCUCAACUCCAGGUCACUUGCCCUGUCGGAUGGAGCUGCCGAGCCGUUCGAAUCUGCAGAAACAAUAUCAAAGAAACUAGCUGAAUUGGCACGACAGCUUGGGGAGGAUGUACUAACUCUGCUUGGUGAAGAGGGCCGAACUGAGCCGUUCACCUAUGAAGAAGUUUCAGCCAAAAUGCUACAAACUGCAACAACCCUAGCCCAAGGUCUCGCAUCAGAGGGCGAAAGCAAUGAUGGGCUGUCUCUAUUGACCUCAGGCUUAAAGACUUUGACUGGUCAGCUUGAAGAAUUGAGUAAUCAUGCUUCUGAUUUGACGCACACUGCCGAAUUCGAGAGAGGAAAGCGUCCUUGGAUUGCUCGCGCGGAAGAGCUCAAAUCACACAAAGCCUCAUCGCCCGAUGCGGAGGAAGAGAUUCGCCGACUCAAGAACGAACUCAGCGAGACAUCUACUGCUCUUGGUGUUAAAGAUAAGACGAUUGAGGAACAAGCGAUGAAAGUCGAAUUGCUUGAAUCUAGAAUGCGUGAAGCGACUAAAAAGGCCUCUGUUGUCAAAGAGUUCGAAGUCAAGAUUGAGACUAUGCAAGAAAAGGAAGGUCAACUACAAGCAACUGUAGAGAAACUGAGCAAGGAUUUGCAAUCCAUGCAGUCCGAGCGCGAUGACUAUAAGCAACGAUUUGAGCGUGCGAAACGGGCGUCUGGCAACGUUGGUGCUACCAUUACUGCAGGUGGUCUUGUUGUUGACUCAGAAGCUACACUGGCCACUAUGCGUGAAAACGAGGCACUGCGCUCAGAAGUCAGUAGUCUCCAAGCCGCUGUUCGAUUCUUGCGCGAAGAUAAUCGUCGCGCUAAUCUGCUUGAUCCUUACUCCGUGCAACGAACAACAAACAUGUAUUCCUGGCUCGACGCACCGCUUACACAGUCCAAACCUUCCGCCCAAAAGGAAGCACAAUACGCCCGUGCCGCCGAGAGUCGAGAUGUACUAAAUCACCUCCUAAAACUCACUAAGGAGACACCAAUCACCGAUCUUGCCUCCACUCUACCCUCGGACCAGAAACGCUCUGCAUGGCGCCCCACAAAAUCAACAUACCGCUAUAAAGCCCUUCAAAACCGCGAAAACUACGAACAAUGGAGCGAAUGGAAGAACGAAGUCGCAAUGCGUGAGAAGGAAGAAGACAGGAUAAUAGCAGCAAAAGCGGAGCGGAUCUUGCGGGAGCAGCAGCAGGCGAAGCGUCGUGCUCCAGGACAUCGUGGACAUGCCAAAACGCCAUCGGCCGGUUUUGGGAUGAUGGGCAGGGCUUGGAGGAUUUUGGGGAUGCAGAAUGAGGCUGAUGGGAAGGAAGGUGGUAGAGUUGAAAUUGUAUCUGAUGUUUGA